AUGGUGUCUGACAAUGAUAUGUACGACCAUAUGAACAAUUCCAUCUACAAUUUCCUUUAUGACUCCGUUGUCAAUACGUACCUCAUUGAGCAUUGCGAUUUACGGCCACCCACAAGUCAGCAAUAUGGGCUUGUCGUCCAUUCCCAUGGGGACUUCUUUGGCAGCAUAGCGUUUCCUGCCAUUGCUGAACUGGGACUUCGGGUCAACAAGCUCGGUAAGAGCAGUUGUACUUAUGAAAUUGCUCUGUUUGAGAAGGGAGUUGAAACUGUGAAAUCUGUCGGCCAACUUAUACACGUCUUCGUUGACAGAGGCACAGGUCGCCCAUCAACCAGCGGAAUGAAUGGCAAACUGCGAGAAGGCCUUCAGAGGUUGCUUAUAGAACCGCCACAGUCAAAGCUCUAA